GAGUUCUGGGGACAAGUCUGAAAACCCAAUGGUACAGCUUUUCUAUGGGACUUUCCUGACGGAGGGUGUCCACGAGGGCAAUACUUUUUCCAAGAUCGAAACCUUUGGUCAGUAUCCCCUUCAGGUAAAUGGUUAUCGAAACUUGAACGAGUGCUUGGAAGGAGCCAUGGUGGAGGGCGAGAUGGAUGAGGUGACAGCAGCCCACUCGGUGAAGUACGGACGGGAGCGCUGGUUUACCAAACUGCCGCCGGUGCUGACCUUUGAACUCUCCCGAUUUGAGUUCAAUCAGUCACUAGGACAGCCAGAGAAAAUUCACACCAGGCUGGAAUUUCCCCAGACUAUUUACAUGGACAGGUACCUCUACUGCAGUAAAGAGCUUAUUCAGAUGAAGAGGGAAGAAAUGAAGAGGUUGAGGGAGAAAAUGGUGCUUCUGCAGCAGCAACUGGAAAGGUACCUGAAGUACGGCUCCGGCCCCGCCCGCUUCCCGCUGCCCGACAUGCUCCAGUCUGUGCUCGAGUUCGUCACCACGAAGCCCCCUGGAGCUGCUCCUGCUGCUCGGGGCUCUCGCACGACUCCCCCGCAGCCCCAGGCCGAGCCCCACGUCACAGACCUUCGGCCGAACAGCACACCGGAAAGGAAGGAUGCUGGGACUGAAGAUAGGGCUUUCUUCCCGGGGAAUUCCUCGCCGCAGCACACACCAAGUGCGCCUUUCCAGCCCUCUCACUCAUCAGCAGAGGUGUUGGAACGUCCAGCUCCUCACGUGGUGUCCGAGGAAGAGCUGAACCUCGUCCAGACGUGUCUGCAGCGAUGGAGGAACGAGAUCGAACAAGAUGUACAAGAUCUGAAUGAGUCUAUUGCCCGAAUCAACCUGUCCAUUGAACAAAUGUACUGUGACCCUCUCCUCCAACAGGUUCCCUACCACUUGCACGCCGUCUUGGUGCAUCAAGGGCAAGCCAACGCCGGUCACUACUGGGCCUUCAUAUACGACCAGCCUCGGAAAAGCUGGCUGAAAUACAACGACAUCUCCGUGACGGAGUCGUCCUGGGAAGAGCUGGAGAGAGACUCCUUCGGAGGCGUGAAGAACGCCAGCGCCUACUGCCUGAUGUACAUCAGCGACCAGGUGUCAUUUCUUCCAGAUGAGGCUGGCGGCUCGGAGGUGGGACGGUUCCAGAAGGAGGUUGAGGCCUUGCCCCCAGAGCUGCAGCACUACAUCCAGGAGGACAACUGGCGCCUCGAGCAGGAGGCCGAGGAGUGGGAGGAGGAGCAGUCCUGCAAGAUUCCUCAGAUGGAGCCUUCGCCAGCUUCGGAAUCACAGGACCUCUCUUCUGAAUCGGGACCAGAUCAGUCGUCCGUCUGCGAGCAGCAUGUGCGCUCCCUGUCCUCCGAGCACGCCCUGAUUGCCAAGGAGCAGACCGCCAAGGCCAUCGCCAACACCGCUGAUGCCUACGAGAAGAACGGCGUCGAGGCAGCUCUCUACGAGCCCAAGGAGGUAGAGCCAACGAAGGCCCACCCAGGAGAAACAGCCCUCACGGUUCAGGCAAAGCCAGCACAGGACGCUCAGGAUGCAGAGUCUGCUGCCCAAAGUAGCUCCCAGGUCUCUGAGGUGGAAAUCCCCAGCGUGGGGAAGAUUCCCGUUAGAUCCGAUGCAGAUGGAUAUAACGAGGAGGCGAUGCUGAGUCCAGCCAUGCAAGGUGUCAUCCUGGCUAUUGCCAAAGCCCGCCAGACCUUUGAUCGGGACGGGUCUGAAGCAGGGCUCGUUAAGGCGUUCCACGAGGAGUACUCCCGGCUCUACCUGCUGGCCAAGGAGACCCCCACGCCCCAGAACGACGCCCGCCUGCAGCACGUCCUCGUUUACUUCCUGCAGAACAACGCGCCCCAGCAGGUGGUGGAACGGACCCUGCUCGAGCAGUUUGCGGACAGGAACCUCAGCUACGACGAAAGAUCAAUCAGCAUUAUGAAGGUCGCACGAGCAAAGCUGAGAGAAAUUGGUCCUGACGAUGUCGAUAUGGAGGAGUACAAGCGAUGGCACGAGGACUACAGCCUGUUCCGCAAGGUGUCCGUGUAUCUGCUGACGGGGCUGGAGCUCUACCAGAACAGAAAGUGAGUUACUUUGCUCACCUACCUGGUGUACGCCUACCAAAGCAACACGAAGCUGCUGCUGAAGGGAAGCAGCCGAGGAGUGAGCGAGUCGCUGAUCGCCUUGUACAGAAGGAAGUGUCUUCUGAAGCUGAACGAGGUGGCGGCUUCGCUGUUUGUCAGCUGUGAAGAAGCUCGUGUGGUAGAGGGCAUCGGCAUCCUGAAUGAGCUGAUCAUCCCCUGCAUGCACCUCAUGAACAACUUCGAGAUCUCCAGAGAGGACCUGGAUGCCAUCGAGGUCAUGAGGAACCGCUGGUGCUCCUACCUGGGACAGGAGGACAUGGAUG